AUGUCUCUCGGAGUAUCGCCAUCAUCCCCUUCCCCUCUCCAAGUUCAGUUUCGACCUCUGCCACCAAAUAGAAAGCGAAACUCAUAUACCCCGUCGCCGAGAUCAACACCGCGUUUCAUCCAGGAGCCAAAGAUAUCACUCAAUGACGACAGCUCCUUGGUAGGUCCAUCGAGUGGGAAAGAUCAAGAUGGGGUUUUAGGUGGACUGAGGGAACGUAGUGAGGAGGAACUGGGCUUAGCUGGAAGAGAGGAGCUAGAAGAUGCUUUGAGAAAGGGAUGGGCGGAGAGAGAGAUACUUCUUCAACGUAUAAAAGAAGCUGAGUCGGAUCGAGAACGCUUAGAAGGAAAACAUGACGAGCUUGUGAAAGGCUUAACAGCGUUACAGUCGAAGAAUGAUGAGGCAUUCAACGAGCAGAGUCGUAUGGAAGCUGAUCUCGAAGAACGGGAUGAAUUGUUAGACCGACUCAGAAAUCGUUUAGCUGAAGCAGAAAAGCAAGCUAGGGACGGCCAGAAACGAUACAUUGAACAGGAAGAAACUUUUGAUCUAGAAAGAAGAGCUCUGCAAGCCCAGGAAAAUCAUCUACAACAACGUUUAAAAAUCAUUUCAUCCUCACGACGUCCCGUUACGCCAUCCGAGAGUGAUAACGUAGCUUCAUUGAAGGAUGAACUGGCUUCCAUCAAUUUGUCUCAUUCAACUCUUCUGGCUAAACUGAACACCAUCACCAAAGAGCUGCACGAUCUGAAAGCUGUGAAUGAAGAAUUACAAGAAGAGAAUGAGGGAUGGGAAUUUCUGAUUAGGGAAACAACACUCAAUGGUAAAGUGCGUGGUGAAGGAGGUAUCUUAAGUGAAAGAUUUGAAGAUCGAUCUCCGAAUGAAUGUAGAUAUAUCGAACCAAAUGAAUCAACCAGGAUAGGAUUAGGCAUUGGAUCUGACAGAUUGGACGAAGAUUUAGAAGAUGAGAUGAGUGAAUUACAUUCUGAUCUGGAAGCUCAAUCGCCUAUCUUUGAGGAUGAUCAUUUCCUCGCGAUCGUGACGGAUCUAGGAGAUGGCAAAGGCGACCUUUUAGCUCCACCAAGGAAGAGAAGGAUCAGGAAAGAGAGAACUGCCAGUGCUCCGAAUAACGCUCAAGGCGCAGGUGGAUUGGACCUUGCUGCAGAGUUAGGAAUGGCAGAGUAUGGAUCUGAUAGCGGAAAUAGCGCCCUAUCAGGAAAGGAGAGAGUAGAUCAGACAGCAGCACUUCGAGCGGAGAUCAAGCAGUUGAAAGAAUCGAAUAAAGCUCUCACCCUUUAUUGCUCCAAGAUCAUCGACCGUAUCAUUGCUCAAGAGGGAUUUGAACACGUACUUUCGGUAGACUACAAGACCAGAAGAGCAGGAACAAGGUCAACUUCCUCGUCGUCUCGUCCUGCACUGAAAGACAUCACGGCUGGUCCAUGGAGCUUGACUACGUCCCCGUCAGCUGAGGAGCCACCAAGAAUUGCUGAACCCGUCAAAGAGAAGAAAGCGAGACCUCUCAGUAUGAUGGUGCGAGCUAUGACCGGUCCAGCAGAAAGAACAGACCUCCCUUCUGUUCAGGUGGAUACCGUAACUACGGCAGAAGCGGAGAGCAAGCAAGCGAAAGCUGAGAAGAGGGCACGAAGAGGUUUCUCUUUGGAUUUCCGUUCACUAGGCUUUGGUUCUUCAUCCAGUUCAUCUGACUCCAAAUCUUCUUUGAGACCUUUAACAUUGUCUUCGCGAUCUGCUACAUCUACUGCACCAAUCCCGCCUCCUCGAUCAGCCGCAGCACGGAAACUGGAUAUUCAUGAAGAGGACGAGGAAGACCAGAGAGAACGGCACAGGCUUGAAGCUACCUUAAAGCUUAUGGGCAUAGACAGAAAAUCGCCUUCACCAAGCAUUCAAGAGGAAGAUUUCCCACUCUCUGAUGCCACUUGGAGAGGAAACAAUAUGCCCAGAACUUCAGGUAGAUCAUCCAAUAGUUCUGGGUCUCAUCGAUCCACUCCUUUGACUAGGCUAUCAGCUAUAUUCGCAAAUGAGAAUGAAGAUCUUUUACCUUUGGAAUUCCUGGAAGAUCCUAGACAAGCUGCUGCUGCUCUCAAAGCAUUCGACGAAAGAGAAGCUAAGAAAAGAGAAGAUUUAGCUAAAGGUAAAAGGGAACCACAAUAUACCUCUCCACCUAAAGCAAAUUCGAGGAGAUUAAGUGCUGAAGAUAGGUCGAGGACAAUCAGUAAAUCUGAAAGCAUAAAAACUCUCUGGAGCAUGGGAGGGGAUAGUAGACCAGGAAGCGGUGAAGUGGUCCUUGAUAAGAAAGUAUUAUAA